AUGGCACAAACUCUUGGACAAUUUAUCAGAGAUUAUCUAACUGAGUGGCUAAUUCACCAAAAUCGCCUGGUCACUAAAGAAGGCCAUUGCAACAUUGAGUAUUCCAACAUAAGGUACAAAAACUGGUCUGGCUUCAUUCAAGACUUUUGGACCACUUUAGUUGAGAUCCACUGGACGUUUCUUAUGUUCUUCUUUGUGGCUUCAUUCAUUCUUAGCUGGUUUGUAUUUGCACUUUUAUGGUACUGGGUUGGUGGUACCAAUGGUGACUUGUGGUGGCAAAACCCAGCAGCUAACCAUAGUGCAUGUGUGAUUAAUGUCUAUGACCUUACCACAGCCUUCCUAUACUCACUGGAGACACAGACUUUUAUUGCUUAUGGUAUGCGAGCAAUUACAACAUUGUGCCCAGGUGCCAUUGCUGUCUAUGUUUUCCAGGUUAUUCUUGGUACAAUCAUUCCCUGCUUUUGGGGUGGAGUGGUAAUGGCCAAAGUCUCACUGCCCAAGAGAAGAGCCAAAGCAAUCAUGUUUAGUAAGAUGGCCGUCAUCUGCUCUAGACAAGAUAAUCUGUGUCUCAAGAUACGAGUGGCCAAUCUGCGCAAAUCGUUAAUGAUCGGAACCCAAAUAUAUGGCAAGUUUAUUAAGACAACAACUACAGCUGAAGGAGAAUCCAUCAUCAUGGAUCAGGUUAACAUUGAUUUCAGUGUAGAAACUGGGAAAGACAACCUCUUCUUCAUCUCUCCAUUGACUCUUUACCAUGUGAUAGACCAAACCAGUCCAUUCUUUGAAAUGUCAGUGGACACUCUUCAGAAUCAGGACUUUGAGCUUGUGGUCUUUAUGGACAGUGUUGCUGAAUACACCAGCUUCUCUUGCCAUGUGAGGAGUUCUUACAUCCCUAAGGAGAUUAUGUGGGGCUACCAAUUCCUCCCUAUCAUUUCGCGCACCAAAGAGGGGAAGUAUCAUGUGGACUUCUCAAACUUUGCAAAAGUUAUACGAAUUGAAACACCACACUGUGCCAACUGCUUUCACAACAAGAAAGCGCAUUCUGGAGAUGGCACUGACAAUGAAGGGUUUGACUGUGAUUUGUGA